AUGGCACCAAAAUUUCGUGACGUAGAUCAAACGACACCCCUGCUGAUGGACUGCAACAAUAACAACGGACGAUGCGGCAACGGUACCAUCGUCCACCUGGCCGGCGACAUCCAGCAGAACGCCAAAGCUGCGUCCCGUCCGCUGGACGCUCACUACCGUGCUACGCUGAUGGACCCAGUCGACGGUCGCAUGCUGGAACAUCCCACCACCAACCUGGACACGCUGAUGCACAUGCUGAACGGUAAUCUCGGCACCGGCAUCCUGGCGAUGCCGGACGCCUUCAAGAACGCCGGUCUGUACGUUGGGUUCUUUGGCACGCUCGCGAUGGGCAUCAUCUGUACGCACUGUAUGCACCUGCUGGUGCGCUGUUCACACGAGCUCUGCCGGCGGUACGGGCGACCGUCGCUGGCGUACGCCGAAGUCGGCUACUAUGCGCUCGAUUCCGGCCCAUCCUGGGCCCAGCCACUAGCCAGCACCUUCCGCCGGGUGAUCAACACCUUCCUGAUCGUGAUGCAGCUCGGGCUGUGCUGCGUGUAUUAUCUGUUCGUGGCCGUCAAUCUGCGCGAGCUGCUCGUGUACGUUGGCGUCCAGGUGCCGGUACUGACCGUGCUCGGCUAUCUGCUCGUACCGCUGACGCUGAUGAACAUGGUGCGCAGCUUGAAACUGCUAACGCCGACCUCGCUUGCAGCAUCCAUCCUAGCGAUUGCUGGGCUCGCGAUCGCCUUCCUAUUUCUGCUGCAGGACCUACCGCACAGUACGACCGUGCGGCCCGUUUCGUCCUGGUCGACGUUACCGCUCUACUUCGGCACGGUAAUGUACGCGUUCGAAGGCAUCGGGGUGGUGCUGCCGCUCGAAAACAAUAUGGCAAAGCCGCGCGACUUUAUCGCCUGGAACGGUGUACUGAACACCGGCAUGACGAUCGUAGUGUGUCUAUAUUCGGCGGUCGGAUUCUACGGGUAUCUCAAGUACGGUGAGCAGGCGCAGGGCAGCGUAACACUCAACCUACCGAACGAUAAUCUACUCGCACAAAUUGUACGCCUGCUGAUGGCGGUCGCCGUCCUCGCAUCGUACGCGCUCCAGUUCUACGUCCCGAUGACCAUCCUCGCACCGGCCGUAACGAAACACUUUCGCCACCCGCAUUGUGCCGAGUACGGGCUGCGGCUCGUCACCGUCCUGCUCACGUUCGUGCUGGCCGCCAUCAUCCCGAACCUGGGCACCUUCAUCUCGCUUGUCGGUGCCGUCUCCACCUCGACCCUAGCGCUCGUCUUCCCGCCACUGAUCGAUCUGGUCACGCUCUGGCCGCACGGUGACCGACCAGGCCGGCACUGGAUCGUGCUCAAGGAUGCACUCAUCAUUGCGUUCGGUGCGUGCGGGUUCUUCUUCGGUACCGCCAAAAGCCUCGCGACCAUUUUUGGCACAUCGGAUCCAGCCAGCCCGAGCGGUAUCCACUAGCUGGGCA